UUUUCCCCGGAAAAUCUCUAAACUUUUCUCGGCAAACAGCCUUUCACGAUGAACACCAAAACCUCUCUGCCAGUUCGAUCCGACCCCUCGACCCGACCCAUCAGCCGCCACCACUCGGCCACCUACUUCGCUCACCGAGUCAAAGAGAGUCUCACAACACGAGUCUCCAAAAUCAUAUGCGCCAUUUUCUUAUCCCUUUUACUAUGUUUAGGCAUUGUCACGUUCAUAUUAUGGAUCAGUUUACGUCCACAUAGGCCACGUUUUCACAUCCAUGGGUUCUCGGUCUCGGGUUUGGACCGACCCGACGGAUUCGAAACCGCUCAGAUAAAUUUCAACGUUACGGUUCGAAACGCUAACCAGAACGUUGGUGUGUACUACGAUUCAAUGGUGGGGUCCGUUUACUACAGGGAGAAACGGGUCGGGUCGACCCGGGUUCUAAACCCGUUUUACCAAGAGCCGAAGAAUACGACUUGGGUCAACGGGGUUUUCGGUGGGCCCACAUUGUCGGUGAAUAAGGACCGUUGGAUGGAGAUGGGACGAGACCGGGAUCGAGGGAAGGUUGUGUUCCGGUUGGAGAUCGUGUCGUUGAUUCGGUUCAAGGUGUACACGUGGCACAGCAAGAGCCAUCGGAUGUAUGGUAAUUGUAACGUGGUGGUUGGCCGAGAUGGGAUGAUUUUGGGUGAGACCAAGGACAAGAGGUGUCCGGUUUAUUUCACCUGAUGUUGAGAACCUUUUCAUUUUCAUGUGUGUUUUGAGAAUAUUUUUAUGAAGAUGUUUCGUACCUUUUUUUAUAGCAUAAUUAAGAUAUUAUCGUCAA